AUGAAAAAUUUAUCCCACACCUUUUAUAAUUAAAAUUGCUUUCUUCAACAAUAAUUGUUAUUUAAAUCAAAGUGCAAUAAACUGUAUGAACUAUCCAAAAUAACCAUAUAUACUUUACUAUAGAUUAGUGGAACACUCCUCCAUAAAUCCGAAUAUCCUCUCCAAAGUAGACUCAGUGUUACAGAAAUCAACAAUCUUAUGUGGACAUCGACCUUCCGAUCCUUAUAAAAGAUUCUCAAUAUUUUAAGUUAAUACAGGCAUCAUUAAAACAGAUGGAGAUGGGAAGAUAAUAUUUAGUUCUCCUUCUCUUGUUUCUCAAAAAUCAACAUUAAAAAGCAAAUUUUAAUAUUAAUUUCCAAAAAAAAAGUGAACAAAUUUCAUUUCAAUCAGAGUCCAGCCAAAACAGGGGUUUAGUUCCUUAAAGAGAUAAUAAUUAAGUUGAGAAUCAAAAGGUAUAGAAGUUAUUAAAUAAAGAAGGUACAAAUGAUUAUAGAGCCAUAGAAAAAUGAGAUGCCAAGAGUAUAAGAAUUUUGAGACAAUAAAGAAAUUAGGAGUUGGUAAGUAUAGUGAAGUUUUUUUGGCAAUAUAGAUUCAAACAGGAUUUUUGGUUACACUGAAAAUGAUAUAGAAAGCAUUAAUAAUAAAGGAGAUAAUCUUAGGUUAGUUGGCUUGGGAAAUUAAAAUUUAAUAUCUUCUAGAUCAUCCAAAUAUAUCAAGAUGUAUACCUUCUUUCAGACUUGUAGAAUUAAUAAAUUACCUGACUAGAAAGUGAAAUUUUUUUUAGUAUUAGAUUAUUGUUCUCAUGAACAAUUGAAUACUGUUUAAUAGGCUAAACAGAACAAAAGAUUCAUUGAAAAAGAUGCAGUCCAAUUGGUUUAAUAAAUUAAAUUUGUAUUGAUAUACAUCUACAAUCAGGAUGUGAUCCAUAGAGACAUUAAACCAGAUAAUAUCUUGUUGAAUUUUGGAUAGGUUAAAUUAGCAGACUUCUCUAUUCUAAAGAUGACAGACAAAUUAAAUGUGGAACAUUGAUAUAUGCAUCACCUGAAAUUUUAGAAGGUGAUAAGAAGAUAGACAUAUAGGGUUUAGGAGUUUUGACUUAUGAACUUUGUUUUGGGAAACCUCCCUGGAAGGAAAACUAACAGGAAUUGAUGAAAACAGUAUCGAUAUUUUUAAUAUAGGCAUGUUUUAUGAUACCUAAUACAGCAUCUAGAGAUCUCAGGGAUUUUAUAGAAAAUUUAGUUAAACGAUUAUCUCAUGGGAUAUAUACAGCAUAACAAGCUUAUAAUCAUGGUUAGUUGUAGAGGAGUAUGUAAGUGAUUCUAUUUUAUAUUUCCAGUAAAGAUGCCUUAUUUAAUUGA